GCUUUUCCGAUCGACCCAUCACCAAAAUAGUAGUUUCUCGUGGGCAAUCAUAAUUUGGUUGUUUUAUUAAACCUUUUUGCCACGUAAAUUGAAUUAGAAGUAGCCCCCGAUCUCGGCAAAAUGAUUAUAUAUACGAACGAGGGCAAUCCGCUGGGACUGCAGCUGCUGAUGCUGGCCAAAUUCGCUAAGCGACCGGUGCAGGUGCAGUUGGUUAACCUAAAUGAUGCCAAGUACAGGGAUUUGCUGAUUUUGCCCACUUUGGAACUGGACAACGGAUUACGCCUGUUCUCGCCAGCGGCUAUUGCCAAGUAUCUUCUUGUGGAUGAGGGGCAGCGGCGCGAUGAGUGGCUGGAGUGGUCUGCCACGUUGCUGGCUCCGGCUUUGUCACACCACAUGGCCGUGGGUCACAAGGCGGAUGCGAAUGCUCUUCCUGUGCUUAAUGCCCUUGUGAAGAAGCUUAAUGACAGCUUAAAAUCCUCGCCCUUCCUGGCUGGUGACAAACUCACUGCUGCUGACAUCGCCGUUUGGUCGCUCCUGGCGCCAGAGGGCACUCUAAAAGGGGCACAGAAUGUGGAUAGCUUAAGGGAUUGGUACGGCAGAGUAAAGUCCCUUCCAGAAGUGGAAGAGGUCCUGGCCGAACAACCGUUGAAGAAUCUCAGUUUCAAUUCGCUGCAGCAGUCAAAUCGAUAUGGUGGACUGCAUCAUGUGCCAUUGAAACGUCUCAGUUUGGCUGAUGCGGGCAAACUGCUGGUGGAUACCACUCCAACUGUGGCGGAUACUGUUACGGAUGAGGAGAUAAGCGCGGCACGAGCUGCCUUUGUUUACACAGCUCCUAAGGAAAUUAAAGAGGAACGCACUGUUCUUCCUAAGGCCGGCGAACGAAACGUAUUGGUUACCUCAGCUCUUCCCUACGUUAACAACGUGCCCCAUUUGGGUAAUAUCAUUGGUUGUGUACUGUCUGCGGAUAUCUAUGCCCGCUAUUCGCGUUCCGCUGGUUACAAUACAUUGCUGAUUUCCGGCACGGAUGAGUACGGUACCGCCACGGAAAAUAAGGCAUUGGCGGAGAACCUCACUCCCCGAGAGAUCUGUGACAAGUACUUCGAACUACAUAACGCCAUAUACCGCUGGUUCGGCAUUGGCUUUGAUUACUUUGGUCGCACCACCGCCCAGGAACAAACAGAUAUUGUGCAGGAGGCAUUCAAGGAUGUCCUCAAAAAUGGCUACAUCAUCACAGAGAGCGUCGAGCAGCUGCUUUGCCAGAAAUGCGAUCGUUUCCUAGCUGAUAGAUUUGUGGAGGGUACAUGUCCACAUCCUGGCUGUGGCUACGAGGAUGCCCGUGGGGAUCAAUGCGACAAGUGCGGGAAGCUGGUAAAUGCUACUGAGCUAAUCCGUCCCAGAUGUAAGGUGUGCAAUAGCGCCCCGGUACUGCGUUCCUCCGAUCAGUUGUUCAUCGAUCUGCCAAAGGCGGAACCACAGCUCAAGGAAUGGGUUGACAAGUCGGAGGGAGGAUGGACUCAUAACGCGAAGGUAAUAACUAGGGCCUGGCUUAAAGAAGGUCUCAAGCCGCGUUGCAUUACCCGCGACCUUAAGUGGGGAAUCCCCGUACCCCACGAGGGCUUCGAAAAUAAGGUUUUCUACGUGUGGUUCGAUGCUCCAUUUGGAUACGUGUCCAUGACCAAGCAUUACACCAAGGAGUAUCAACAGUGGUGGCAGCCAGACAAGGGCACAGAAGUCGAGCUCUUCCAGUUUAUGGCCAAAGACAACGUGCCUUUCCACUCAGUGGUGUGGCCGAGUGUUUUACUGGCCAUCAACAAGGGACACACGUUGGUUUCCCACAUUAUGGCCACUGAGUAUCUAAACUAUGAGGACGGCAAGUUCAGCAAGAGUCGUGGUAUUGGUGUCUUUGGCAAUGAUGCACAGGAAACUGGAAUUCCAGCUGAUGUGUGGCGUUUCUAUUUGGCUUCUGCCAGACCCGAAGGACAGGAUUCCAGUUUCAGUUGGAACGAUCUGGCUGCUCGCAACAACUCAGAGCUGCUGAACAAUUUGGGAAACUUUGUGAACCGUGCUUUGGUCUUCUGUGAAAAGAACUUCGAUAGCACUGUUCCCGAAGUGGUAAUCACUCAGGACGAACUUGUGUUAUUGGCUUUAAUUAACCGUGAACUUCGUGGUUAUAUCAACUCCCUGGAAAAGGCCAAGCUGCGCGACGGCAUUCGUCAUCUACUGGCUAUUUCCCGACACGGCAAUGGGUACAUGCAAAUCCAGCAGCCGUGGGUGCUGCUUAAGGGUACUGAAGACCAAAAGAAGCGAGCAUCUACCAUUAUUGGUCUGUGUGUCAACAUUGCUUGCCUCUUGGCAAAUCUACUCUUCCCUUUCAUGCCAACCACAGCUAGAACUCUUUUCGGUCAGCUCAAUGCCAAACAAACGCCGCUCAAUGCAGAGAAACCGCUUGCUACUUUGCUCCUCACAGCUGGUCACAAAAUCGGCAAACCAGUUCCACUCUUUGCUAAAUUGGAACAAUCCUUUAUUGACGAGCUUAAAGGCAAGUACGGCGGAGCUCAGAACACAAAGGCCGCUGCUCAAAGUCAAACCAGCUCUGCAGAUAUGGAGCAAGCUGUCCAGGCUCAGGCAGAUAAAGUGCGUGAACUAAAGGCGAGCACAAAAGACAAAACUGUGUGGCAACCAGAGGUGACAAAACUGCUGGAACUCAAAAAAAAACUGGAGGAAGCAAAGAAGACUGCGACUAACGUCACUCCCAUCGCCGCUCCUGCUGCCUCAAACGGGUCACAGUCAGUCAAAGAUUUGGAAAAGGCAAUCCAGGAGCAGGGUGACAAAGUACGCAAGCUGAAGGGCAGCACAAAAGACAAAACUAUUUGGCAACCAGAGGUUAAUGUACUCCUAGACCUCAAGAAGCAAUUGGAAGCGGCUCAAAAGGCAGCAAAGACAGCUCCUGCCGCCGGAGCACCUGCUUCUUCAUCCGCCUCCCCUGCAGAUGCUUCCCAAGUCAAGGCAUUAGAAGACAAAAUCGCUCAGCAGGCUGAAAAGGUCAGAACUCUGAAAGCAUCAGGCGAUGCCUCCGUAUGGAAGCCGGAAGUUGAUAUUCUGUUGUCCUUGAAAAACGAAUUGGCGUCGCUGACUGGACAACCAGCCGCCGGUGGACAGGGAAAAAGCAAGAAAAAGAAGUAGGCCUUGAACCCUCGUAUUUUAUAACUAACAACCACGAUGGACAUUUUUACCUCAACUCUUCUAAUCACGCAUUCGAUGGCAAAUCUUUAGUCUCGAACUGACACAGUUCUUUUCAUUUCUUAAGUUAUGCUUUUGCAUUUAAAAACCCUUUGUAUUUAUUUGAAGUAUGGCUAAAUAUUCAGUUAGUAAUUUAUUGAGUUUGUGAAGAAAAUAUUAAACCCAUUGACUUUUAAAAUUGAA